AGCGGCAAUGAAAUUAAAGAUAACUAAGUGUCAUGUGCUGUGGUUUCCCAUUAUUAUAGGCUGUCGGGAUUUGCGUACGACGGCUACCAGGGCAAGUGACCACGAGUACUGUUUGCGUCGCCGUGACGACACGACGUACUGCCAAUAGUGGAGCUUACGAGGGCUACACGUCGUGACUUCGUGUGGAAGGGUUGCGUACUAAGUGUGGAGCCUGGUUUGUAAAACGCAAACUACUGUCUGGGACAUCGUGAUGGUUCAAGGCAUGUUCUAUGCAUCAACCGCUGAGGCAGCUGCAACAUCCUAGUCCUGUGGGAGAGCCGCCAGAGAGAAAAUCAUCAAACCGGUGGAAAGCCCUUGUCGAAUGUCUCAGCUUCCAAGAUGUCGCAUGAGUGUUGUGUUCGCAUUGGCCAGCAUUCCAACGGCAACCGCCGCGUUCCCUGGGAGCCCGCCAUCACAUUUCGAUUGAUUCGACAAGUGGUCCUGAUGCUGGUUUUCCAUGUCCACCUUGUUGUGAUCCGAGACACCUCUAUACUUAGUUUGGCAGAUGACGUUUCCGAAGCUCCACUGCGACCAGAUACGUCUCCAACUGCGAUACCUAUGAGCGCGGACGUACCGCUGGAGGAAAGCAGGCACGUGAUUGAAGACCACUUCGGCGUUCAGGAGACUAUUUUGAGCCGACGGUCACAGACGAGGAAUGAAGUGAGAGAAAAGUCUCCGAGGAGUCGCACCCCCGGUGCAACUUGGGCUUCGUGGGUAAAACGGAAGUGGAAGCACGCACUGGUUGUUCUGGCCGUUUGCGUGGGGCUCUACGCAGUCAAGCGCUUGCUCACUGCUCCUGAAGAACCACCGGUGCCAAAAGUGUCUGCAUAUUGGUACUUGCAAGGGCAGAGGGUGGAAGCCGGUAAGAUAGCGCAGACUCUUCCAGAAGAUGAAGAGAUCGACAUUAUUGUAAACGCAGCCGAGGAACUCGAGAGAAGGGCGAUUGGCGAAGAAGGGAAGACUAGUGCGGCUCAAGUUACAGCAGCCGUACGACAGAUCGCUGGGUUUUUGCGCGAGACGAGGAAACACAUGGAAGGAAGGCACGCCAGCUUAAUUUCCGCGGAGCAGAUUUUGAAAGAUGUCAUUGCAGCGACGAAACACGAGCCUUUACCAAAAGAGGAGGAAGAUGUUCUUAGAGAACAAGGACGCGACGAUGAAGAUAAUACAUGCUGGAGUGAGCUCAAACUUCGCAUCGAGGCGCUAAGAGAACAGCUGACACCGGAGGUGGUGCAUCUGCAAAAGGCUCUGGCGGAGGCGCGGGAGAAGGGGAAAGAAAAUGUUACACAUCUUGAGAGGCAGCUGCUUCUCGAGAUGUCAAGACCGGUUACACGUGAAGUGGGCGCACGAAUUGACAAGCUAGAAAAGCGCCUCAAGACAGUUUUGCACAUCAGUGAACGGGAGAGUUCCGACCUGGCAUCUCGAGACAAGUAAACCGAUUAUCGGAUACUAGCAAGUAAAACAGUUGGGAAGGCAAAAAAGGAUCGGAAAGCACCCUGAUACGCCAUAUGUCCUUCGUUGUUACAGUAUUUUCACAAACUAAACUGAAGAAUGCAGCUCUAGUGGGAGAGGAUGUUCCGAGUCGGCUCCUCCUGGCGGCUUGAGUUUCGAGAUUCGUUGACUGUGAGGCCGAUAGUUAUCUCUUUCAACUUGACGAGGUGAACAUUGAAUGUCUAGAGUAAGCUAAAUCGUCUUUUUUCUGGAA